UCCCACGGCUCCCAGCCCCCGACCACCCCGGGGGGCCGUGCACGACCGCUGCCGGCCUCCCCCCAACAUGGCAGCGGCUCCCGCGGCCGCCCCACGUGCUGCCAGCCCGCCGGCGCGCCGCAAGCCCCGCCCCUUGGGGGCGUGUCCACCGGCGGGUUUCGGCGCGCCGCGGCGGCAGCGGCGCUUCCGAUUGGCCGAGAGCCCUCCGGCCCCGCCCCCAGCCCCGCCGAGGCCCCGCCUCCCGGCGCGCCACCCGCGUCCCGCGGCCGCCGCAGCGGAGCCGGCGCUGCCCGCCCAGCGCCCAUGGAGCUGCUGUGCGUGGAAGCCGUGCCCCGAGCCCCCCGAGCCGGGCGGGACCCGCAGCUGCUGGGGGACCGGCGGGUGCUGCAGAACCUGCUGAGCCAGGAGGAGCGCUACAGCCCCCGCGUCUCCUACUUCCAGUGCGUGCAGCAGGAGAUCAAGCCGUACAUGCGGAAAAUGCUGGCGUUUUGGAUGCUGGAGGUGUGCGAGGAGCAGAAAUGCGAAGAAGAGGUCUUCCCCUUGGCCAUGAACUACGUGGAUCGCUACCUGUCCUCGGUCCCCGUGCGGAAAAACCACUUGCAGCUCCUGGGGGCGGUCUGCAUGCUGCUGGCUUCCAAGCUGCGAGAAACCAUGCCCCUGACGGUGGAGAAGCUCUGCAUUUACACAGACAACUCCAUCACGCCUCAGCAGCUCCUGGUAAUCACUCCCCCUAUCUCAAAGAGCCCUCCAGCCCCUCCCCAGCCCUUAUCUCCUGCACGCUGCUGCUUGGCACCAUACCUGCCCCUGGGGCUCCUCCUCCUCUUGUUUUUUUCCCCCCUGUUUCUCCACCUUCCUCCUUGUUCCCCAACCAACCUCCUCACCCCCUUGCCACGGUGGAUUUGGGUCUGUUGGUGGAGCCCUUCCCAUCGGGGCAGAGCUGUGCAGGGCAGGAUUGUCACCUCCGCUGUCACCUCCACGCUCCAGAGAGCGUCCCCUGAGCCUGAAGUGCUCGCUGGCAGCACGGAGCUGCCACGCUGAGCCUGCUCCUGGGGCUGCUUUGCUUUCGAGUGGCAGCUCUGGGAGAAAAAAAGGUGUCUGAACAGUGCAGAGCAGGAGGAGGGGAAGCGUUAAGUGGGGAGCUUCCAGCAAAACGGGUGGACCUGGGUUGUGCCUUCCAGGCUGACCAUGCUGCCAGGUGAAGGGCUGAUGGAAAAGCUGGGAGCGUGCUUCGAGUUAAAGCAGGGCUGCUCUGCCCGUCCCAUCAGACACUUAGGUGGCAGCUGCGUGGGCU